ACACCACUCAGAAACCUUCAACACCAAACCAAUCAUGGACGUAUUCUCCACAUCCCAGAUCUUCUACGACAGCACUUGCGCUUCGUCUCCUGAAGAUUUAGAGUUUGGAGCCAGUGGGGAACUGACCGGGUCUGAGGAGGAUGAGCACGUGCGGGCUCCUGGGGCCCCACAUCAACCGGGCCAUUGUCUCCAAUGGGCCUGCAAAGCUUGCAAGCGUAAAGCCAGUACGGUGGACCGCCGGAGAGCCGCCACCAUGAGGGAACGGCGCAGGCUGAAGAAGGUCAAUCACGCCUUUGAGGCACUACGCCGCUGCACCUCGGCCAACCCUAGCCAACGCCUCCCCAAGGUAGAGAUCCUGAGGAACGCCAUCCAGUACAUCGAGAGCCUUCAGGAGCUCCUCAGGGAACAGGUGGAGAACUACUACAGCCUGCCGAUGGAGAGCAGCUCUGAGCCCGCCAGUCCCUCCUCCAGCUGCUCAGAGAGCAUGGUUGACUGCAACAGUCCUGUAUGGCCUCAGAUGAAUCAAAACUAUGGGAAUAGCUACAACUUUGACGCACAAAAUGCUAGCACAAUGGAGCGAACUCCAGCAGUGUCCAGUUUGCAGUGUUUGUCCAGCAUCGUGGACAGACUGUCCUCUGUAGAUCCUGCGGGAAUGAGGAACAUGGUCGUUCUUUCUCCAACCGGAAGUGAUUCCCAGUGCAGUUCUCCAGACAGUCCAAACAACAGACCAGUUUACCACGUACUGUGAGCGAACGAGAUGCCUAGGCCAACGCUUACUCACACUGCUUGCUCAUUUGUAAAUUAUUUUGGAUAAUAAUUUGAUAAUGCUUUUAGAAUGUAGUUAUUGAUCUCCAUUCAGCACAAUUAUAAAAACAAUUGCCUUCAAAAUCAUGCUCUAAAUUGUGAAACAAAUGUUGAUUAUUUCUUUGGGUCAAAGGCUGAUUAUAGUUUGGUUUAUAGGGUCAGACUUUAACUUAACUCGCUUUAAAAAGUCAAACUAUACAAUGUACAGAUGUUUUUUUCACAAUAUUGUCUGUCUGUGUAGUUUCACUACAUGGACAUUGAUUUAUUUAUCUAUAAUAAUGAUAAUAAUAAUCACUGUGGUACUUAGUAAAUGCAUUUUUUUAAUAUUAGCCUAAAUUCUAAAAAAUAUUGAGUUUUUAUGGACUUAUUUUUAAAUGACAUUUUAACCCAACGAAAUGAAAUUGUCCAUAUUUUACCCAAAUUUGUGCAGCGUUUAAAUUUGAUGUUGUCCUUGACCUGCCAUGUUUUUUUGUUGUAAAUAAGAUUGUACAUAAUUCUAAAUGACUGUAAUUGUAUUCAUGUUGUUUCUGUCAUAUUUAAUGAACAUUCUUACAUAAAAUGACUUGCUUUUUCAAUAAUAAAUCUCCACAAAUGUCUUAUUUAAUAACA